AUGGCGUCGAUCUUGCGACCACUGCUGAGGGCUCAGGCUGGAAUUGACAAAGGCCUGACCACUGCAGUCGACGAGUCGUCGCUGGCCAGGCCCAUCACGCCGACUCUCGUUGCAGCUCAUCAGACGACACCAGCACAGUCACCCAGCAUGGCCUCGAACAGCUCCCAGUCGCGCCCGUCUUCCCCGGCCAGGGUGUUCCCAACCUCAGGCUUUCAUGAGAUUCCAAAGUCUCAGAAGGUUGAUGAGGAAAACUUCUCAUGGUACUCGCCCGAGGACUCCUACCGAUCCGCAUCGGAACAGGCCCAGCGGGAGAUUGCCGCUUUCAAGCACCUCCGUAAAGUCUUGAGGGAUGGAUCCGCUGCAGACGAGCUCGGCGGCGCCAAUUACAUCAGCUGGCUGCGCAAGACCUUCGAGCUAGACCACCCCAAAGUCUUCUAA